ACGCUCCCACGGUUGCCUGUACGAUGACAUACGGAUUAAGCCAACAAUCAUUGCAUUUUCAUUGUCGCUCAGUGUUCGAUUUUUUUCCUCUCCUCCUUCACUCCGUCAAAUAUUGCGGUGAGAUUUGGUGAUUCAUUGGAGCGAGUCCCCCUCUAGCCAGCGCUGUUGUUGGUGCUGUUUCCCUUAUCGACCAUACACGGCAAGCUACUGACCCCUGCGAUGGUUGUUAUCGCAGUGGUCGAGUCACGCGCCGAGCUUGUUUGCUCAGUAAAGCCACCCAUCUAACGCGGCUUGUGAUUGGUUAGCAUCUCGGCUUGUUUGCUCCGCUCAACGCUCACGCCGACCAAUCCGCACGCGAGGAGCGCCCUCCGUUGAAUCCCCGUGCGGGGCGAGCGAGGGGGGAUGCACAAGCCUCGCUGAUUGGCUACUGUGUGGAAGAAUUUCACGCUCGAGCGCCACGGACACGUGCUGUCUAUAUAUAGCGGUCGUCUGCCCUAGAGUAAGUCAUAACAACUGAUCUCACGCUCGCUGUAACAUCCCCAGCUGACUCGCAGAUAUAUCAAGUAACCUUCUCUGAGCCUCUAAGGAUCUACUCUUGUGAUUUAUAACUUGUCAUCUAUUCACGUUAGCAACCAUGCUUAAUACAACUGGAUACCAACAAAUGGAUAUGUGUGCUAGCAGGCCUAGGACUGCCAAGCACUUGACUGAACGUAAGCGACGAGCUCGCAUCAACGACAGCCUUCUUCAACUGAAGAGCAUGGUCUUCCCUGUUAUCAAGAAAGACAUUGCUAGACAUCCAAAGAUGGAGAAAGCCGACAUCUUGGAAAUGACCGUUCGUUACCUGAAGGACGUUCAGAGCCCAGCUCAGGGCGAGCCCGAGGGCAAGAGUGUCACCAACUACCACGCUGGCUUCACCGAAUGCCUGAGCGAAGUUUCAACCUUCAUGUCCAACUGCGAAACCAUCGACAUCGAGACCCGACUUCGUCUUCUUGGUCAUCUAGCGGAUCGCUGCAGCACUAUCAAUGACUCCGAGCAGAAGCCAGAUGUGUCGAGACUUCAGCCACAGCAGCAACAACCACCAGCCGCAUCACCUAUGCCAACCACUCAGCAGCAACAGACCCGAGUUGCCGCUCCAAGCCCUGUCACCGUUCCCGCCUCAUCGCCUGUUCAACAGUUCGCUUCCACGCCGAACGGCAUGGUGCUCCUGUUGCCCGCCCAGCAAACCAUCCAACCAACCUCCGUCAUCUCGGUUCGAGUCCCGGUUUGCGACGGAGUCCUGACCCCUCCACAGUCGCCCAUGUCACCCGAACCAGCAGUCGGCAUGACCCGCUUUACCCCAUCACCAGUCGACAUCAAGCCCUCCAAGACCGCCUUGGCCAAACACCACCGCUUUGCUCCGUACCAGGGGCAUCCCAUCAAGGCAGCAGAGAAACAGAUGUGGAGACCGUGGUAAUUAAUGAGCCGCCCCAGCCCAUCUAGAAAGACUCUUUACAUCAUCAAAAGUACUACAAAUGCCUUGAACUUUCAUAUUUUAUGUGACUAUUACUACGCUGUCCGAGCUGAGGGAGAUUGCGGGAGUUUGAUAUGAACUUUUUUCAAAUGACUAUCCAAGAAGAAAGCAUUAGCGAAUUUUCUGUUCAUUUAUUACGAAGUGACUGUAUUUUUCUACUUUAUAUUAUGUUUAUUUUUCUUGAAAAAUGAUUUCAGAUAUAAAAUGAUCACAAAGAUUGUGUUGAUUGUCGCCGGUCGAUAGAAGCCAAUUGCUAUAUGAAAAAACACAAAAUAAUGAAUAAAAAAUAACAAACUCAAAUUUAA